AUGUCAGACCGUCCCAGACACAGGUCUCGUGCUGGCUGCCUGACUUGCAAGCAGAAACACGUAAAAUGUGACGAGGCAAGGCCCAAUUGCCAAAAAUGCCUUCAAAAGGGCCUGGCUUGCGGUGGUUACGCCCGUGGUCUUGUGUGGUCAUACAAACACCAACCAACUCGUCGUCACAAGCCUAACGAAAGGCAAAACUCACAAAGUAAGAAAACAAAACAGGUCGAAUCUGAUGUAGAUCCCAUCGUACAGUCGCCACCACAGGUCGAUAUCACAGAAGCUACACCAGGGACUGAUGAUUUCGUCUCCUUGUCCCUGUUGCCAUUCGAUGUAUUCGACGAUGGAAGCAGCCAACUAUGGGACGCCGACAUGUGUGUCACAUCUCCCAGCUCUCUCCAAACCACCAGUCUACUACCAGACAUGGAGUUUUCUGCAUCUCCCACCCUGUCGCUAUCACCGAGGACUAGCAUAACAAGUAUCUCGUCCCAAGAACCGACCAUAUGGAACCAAAUUUCGCUCUCCGCCGCUGCCCCAAUCCCAACGAUCCCGCAAACACCUUGCUGGACCGAAGGUCCAGACGCAACUUUGGCUCUGAUAAAUAGCUGGUUCGACCAAGUCUGCCCUGCAUGGUCCGCGUUUGACUCUACUGUCAAUCUAAAUCGCAAAUUGGCGAACUCGCUGUGGCAUCACUCUGCUUCCGUGUUCAACUCUCUUCAGAGCAUGUCGGCGGGCUUUCUAUCCGCCCGACUUCCACACCUGCGCCGCCAAGCGCUGAGUCUCUUCAAGACCGCCAGCGUCUGUGUCCAGGCUGAGAUUGACGAACUGAAGAGCAAGCCCCGUAUUGAUGUCUUCCCUACGGGCCUACUCUUCUCCUUACUCUGCUUGGGGACGUCAGUAUGCUGGCUUGACGCCCGGCUUCUUGGUUUACCGUACCUCAAAGAAGCUAGAGCUUUACUUCGGCGUUUAAGAGACCAGGAUCUUGCCAUUGGAGAAGACGAAUUGGAAAAUUUUCUGUUUUUCAAGAAUAGCCUCGUAUAUUGGGAGAUGCUACUGGCUGUUGUUGCCGACAGUGAUGUAGUGGGCACUCUGGGGGACUCUGUCUCAGCGAACUCAAACCUGCAACGAUGUGAGAAGAGUAGCUGUGAAACAAGCACAGAUUUGUCACCACAUCCCUGGACAGGUAUUUCAAGCCGGACGUCUCGCCUAUUCUUGAGGUCCGUUACUUUGUGUCGAGAAUACCGUCGAAUACUCACUAAACCAACUGGGAGAGUCAUUACUCUCUCCGCAGCGAUGGAUUCCUUUCAGGAGGCCCGACAACUAGAGCAGCAGCUUCUUGAGCUGGAUUACUCUUCAAUGUCCAAAAUAAACGAAACUGGAGACCAAAAGACGCCGUGGCUACACCUCGCGAGCGCCGCUGAAGCAUAUCAACUUUCUGCUUUGCUGCAGCUAUAUGUCACCUUCCCGGAUCUUGUGUCGAUGCGACUUCAAGCGGACAGUUCCAUGCCAUCUGACGACUGUGAGUCUUGGGACAAAUUCAUCAUUCCCUUGACGCUUGACCUCAUCAAGGUUUUGGAGAAGAUCCCCCCAGACUCUGGUAGUCGAGUUAUCCAGCCUGUCCUGUACAUCUGUGCCAGCACUGGCCUGCGAUACAACUCAUCGAAUGCUGCAACAUCGCCGCCUCCCAACCCAUCAACCAACUCCCCGCAGAGAAGAGGAAGUAAUCAACACUCCCCAUUAGACUGCAAUAGCACAAGUAUUUUGGAGUAUGUGGAUGAAAUUGGUAACUCGGGGCAUGCCCAGACGGAUGUCUGCCUGCCACGGAAAAGAGCCCUGGAUAUUAGUACAUCGCGCGAAUUCAUCAUCAGGCGACUCAACAUACUCGAGAACACUUUGCAACCGAGGCCAAUCGUUGUGGCCAAAGAACUUGUCAAGGCCAUCUGGACAGCUUAUGACACGGAGCCUGCUGGCUGCAUCAACGUGCAUUGGCUGGAUGUUAUGGAAGCUCACGAUUUACGGUCGCUUUUUGGAUGA